AUGCGGACAAACAACGGUCGUGCUGUUUCAUCGACAUACUCGUCGCCACAGUUCGUGCAAGAAAUGAGAUGGUAUCGUACAAACGAUUCCGAACUAACUGACGUUUCAAAUUGUUCUGUGACACCGCCUAAUGACAGCGCUCAUUUCAUCGGAGAUGUAAGGAAAGCAGAGAGACGUCCGGAUUUCAUAACCAUUCGAAAUUAUGACGAUGAUAAGGUGCAAUUUCAACUGCGACCAUUACAAGACAAAUUGUAA